AUGACCUGGCUAAGUCUACCUGCCGAAAAAUACGAGGUAGUUCCAAAGGAUAAGGCUAUCUCGCACUGUCAGCUAGAGGUAUUUGCCAGUGUAAACGACAUCGAAAUUUCCAAGCCUGUUCGAAAUCGAAAAUAUGCAGCACUGCGUAUUGUGAGCUUUGAUAUCGAAACGUCCCUUAGAUUUUCCAACGACUCGCAGAUUAUUCAGCCAAAUGCACAAGAAGAUUCCGUGUUGCAGAUUGGAUGCAUGGCCGCAAAUUAUGGCCAGACCAAUCCAUACUUGCGCACAAUAUUCACCCUCAAGUCGUGCUCCCCGAUUGAAGGAGCACAAGUACUAUCGUAUGACAAUGAACGAGAGUUGCUGAUGGCCUUCAGAAACUUUGUGAUCGAGGUUGAUCCGGAUGUUGUUACAGGAUACAAUAUUGCCCAGUUUGACAUACCCUUUCUGUUGAACCGAGCCGAUGCGCUGGAAAUACCAGAAUUUCCGUACCUUGGUAGAGUUAAAAAUUCACCACAGCGCUUAUCUGGUCUCCCACGCAAUUAUCUUUGGAAUUGCCCAGCGUUUACAGGCCGUCUACUUCUUGACAUCUACUUCUUCAUCCGUAACAGUAAGAAAUUCGAGGGAAAAGGAAACAGUACGCUGAAUGCCAUCUCUCGUGUCUUCUUGGGCGAAGAAAAAGAAAGCGUCGACUACAAACAAAUCCCCAAGCUUCAGGAUGGUACGGAUAGCGACCGUCGAACAAUCGCCAUUUACUGUUUAAAGGAUGUAUAUCUCGCAUUGCGCCUGCUUCCGAAAAUCAACUGCCUCGAACAAGACGUCGAGGCUGCUCGCACAGCUUGUAUUCCAUUCAACGCCAUGAGGGGGAAAAGUUAUUUAAUCAGAGUGGCACAAGAAUGCCGCAGCCAAUUAAACAGCAUCAGGUAA